CUCUACAUACCGUACUGGUUGUGCAAAGUAACGGCGUAUUAGCAGGUUGUUAGUUUAGUCGUCUAUUGGGAUUGUACCAGUACAUGUAACGAGUAUAGAGGUUAGCCUUAACACCAAAACCAUGCUUGAUGAUGAGGACUCGGGGAAAGAACUACCACCUCUCGUUCACGCUGUAUGCAACGAUGACCUUCAGCAGGUGCGGAUCUUGAUAAAGAGAGUUCAUGACAGGUACACUCGCCAUUGGGCGUUGCUAAAGGCGAUCAAAGGGAGGAACACAUCUAUUGUUAAAUUUCUGCUUGAUCAACGUAUUUAUCAUAAAAAGGUUCAGAAACUGUGGUCGUACAACUGUCUAAUGCGCUAUGCUUACGAAAGCGAAGAUAUAUCGGUGGUAAAACUGCUGCUGGCUAGUGGUGCUGAUCCGUAUAACGGGGCAUUCCACAUAACGUCUACGGGGAGAACAAAAGACCCCACUGACGUUCAAAUGGAAGUACUUUUAAAUGAUGAAAUGAGGUUUCAACUGCCCACAGAUAGCAAAGCGUGCUAUCUAGGUUGGUUUGCUGUUCCAGAGAAAAGACCAAUAGAGCGUUCUCUUAUGUGUGAUGCAAUACGUAAAGGAGACACUGAAACGAUCAGAUUAUUGCUGGAGUUUGAUAACUGCAAGACAAGGUCGAAUAAUAUGCGCUACUUAGCUCUGUUUGCUGCGUAUACUAUUGGCGAUGAGGCGAAGGUGGAGGCGUUAGUCAAAUGGUGCCUUGCUGCUGACCGACAUUUCAUUGAUAAACAACUUGAAACGGUAAUUCUCGACGGAGAAAUAGAACAUGUUAAGAUGCUACUUGAUUAUGUAACGAAUAUAAAUGCUAGCAUGGCAAAAACUGAAAGGCAAGAAACACCGCUUCUUCUUGCUGUACGUGUGGAAAGGACAGAUAUCUGUGAUCUGUUGUUGAAGAAUGGUGCCGAUAUUAACUUGAUGUCGGAAAGAUUUCAGAACUACUCACAUAGUCUUCCACUUCCGAGUGGCUGCCCAUAUUAUCCGCCAGCUCUGAGCCGACUGACACGGCCACUACUCGUUGCUCUCGGGAGCUUUUCUGACCGUUAUACCAAGUCCAACAUGGUGUCUUACCUACUGAGCCUCGGAGCAGACCCGAAUCUCCCCGAUGGAGAGGGAAAGAUGCCUCUCCAUUACGCAGUUCACCAUGGAGCACACAAUGAAACGAUAAAGAUGCUGCUGCAGUAUGGUGCUGAUGUUAAUCCUCAAGACAAGAGCAUAGGACACUCACUCCUAAGUCGCCUACUUGAAUAUGAAUAUCAUCAUGGGCGAAACCACAACAUGUAUAAUGACAAAUACUAUGAACGUGCGUGUAUGUUUAUUUGGGCGGGGACUGAUGUUGGUGUUUAUUACUCUUGGUCUCGGGUGACGAUGGAUACGGCGCGUGGAAAGUGGAGGAAAUUUCUAAGCUUACGCAGGAAGGGUACUGAAUGGGUUCCUAGUUACAGAAUAGAGUGGUGGACGACCCGUUUUGAUGAUUGCGUACUCAAAUGCAUAUUGUCCCAUCUGGAUGCUCGGACUGCUACUUGCACUUCGAAGUUAAACCUGGUCACAACUCUGGUAAUGAGUGGUUCACUCACCCGCAGUGAUGUAUCAAAGCUCUAUGAGCAAAUCAGGGCGAAAGAUGACUGGACCUCUACGGAAUGGCACGAGGAUGUGGUGGGAUUCAUAAGCGAAUUCCUUGCUAGAGGUUACACACUACAGGAACUCUGCCGCCUGAAACUACGACAGUCAAUCCAGCCACCGCUGUGGGUGAAAGUCAUGUCAGAGCACAUCAAGUUACCCAAGCCAUUGAAAGCGUACUUGCUUGAUGAACAGGUGCCAGCUGAACAGUCGGAGCCAGGACUGAGCCGAACUGACACAUAAUACGCCCACCGGAACGUGUAGUUCUUCAUUAGUGAGAGCUUAAAGCCUGGUAACAGAAAGUCGAUUCGAUUCGGCCCCUUUUCCUCUGUUUAUUCCGCUGUGUCUACUACUAUACUUCGGAAGAGCUAUUAUUGAAUCAUUGGCCCGCUGUCAGAAAUGUAUCUAAACUAACCAAGUCAUCACUCUGCUAGCUAUAUGGACAAUACAUUUCUCUGAAAUAAGUUGUUGAUAAAAUGCACAUGACAUUUGUAUUGGGUAACACGGAUAUUCACGAAACCGUACACGAUGCACGAUUCAUCCUUUUUGAGGUACUUAAUUCCCAUUAUCUCUCAUUAUUCACUAACGAGAGCCCAUACAAUUUCCAAAACGCCAAGUCAUCACGGUUAUAUACUCAGACUUACCUUGUGAGGCAACGAAGCUUUUUUGGUGCAACUUGUAUAUUUAAACCCAGGAAAAUUAUCAAAAGUCUACCAAACUCGAGCAGGGGAACUCCCCCGGCCCUAAUCGUGAUCCUUCAUGAAUGGCGAUGGCAGUAUUAUUUAUGGACUUCUCUUCCACGUCAAUGCUGUUGUAAUGAUUAUAAUCAUGAUGUGUCGUUUAACAACAGUUGACGUUCAUGGUCUCUCCUCACAACUCCUAUCACUGGAAUAAGUACCUACCAUAUUGAUAUUCGUCA